AUGUCUCCUUCAUCUUCAUCUUCACCAACUGCAGCAUCACCAGCAGCAUCACCAGCAGCAGCAUCCUCAGAGUACGCUAAAUUGGUAGCCAGUCUCUCACCUGAGGAAAUAUUAACGAAAUGGUCUGAAAUUACUCCUUUGAAGAAGAUUUCUGGUAUUCCUAGAUCAGCCGGGUCUGACUCAUCAUCGAACACCGCUAGUCAAGACUCUGAUUUAUUUACUGGCCAUGAUGAAGAACAAAUUAGACUAAUGGAAGAAUUGUGCAUCAUAUUAGAUUACAAUGAUAAGCCACUUGGUGCAGGAACCAAGAAGUUGUGUCACAUUAUGGACAAUAUCAAUCAAGGUUUAUUACAUCGUGCAUUUUCAGUGUUUUUGUUUAAUGAAGACGGUAAACUCUUGUUGCAACAACGUGCUGAUGAAAAAAUUACUUUCCCUGCCAUGUGGACAAACACUUGUUGUUCACAUCCAUUAUGUGUACCUAGUGAAUUAGGCAUAAACACCAACACCAACACCAACACCAGCAGCAGCAGCAGCACCACCACUAAUACUACUGCAUCUAAUGAUGUCAACGAUUUGGCUACCGCCGUUGAAGGCGCCAAAGUUGCAGCACAAAGAAAAUUGGACCACGAGUUGGGUAUCCCAUUGACAGGUGUCCCUAUUGAAAACUUUACUUAUUUGACGAGAAUCCAUUACAAAGCACCUAGUGGGGAUGAACGAAGUCCAUGGGGUGAACAUGAGAUCGAUUACAUUUUGAUUUUGAAAACCAAGAAUGACAUAACAUUGAAUGCUAAUCACAAUGAGGUUAAGGACUACAAGUAUGUGAGUGCUGAAGAAUUGAAUCAAAUGUUUGAAGACAAAACCUUGGUGUUCACACCAUGGUUUAAAUUGAUUUGCAAGACCUUUUUGUUCAAAUGGUGGUCUAAUUUGGACAGCUUGUCACAAUUCAAAGAUGAUGAAAUACACCGUUUACUAUAG